AUGGUUGAAGCUAUCCGCGAUGGGGACGAAGGCCAGCCCUGUCAAUCGAGAGGUCUGUUUCCACCUGCAUUAUACAGUAGCAAAACCCUCACGUUGGAUCGUGACAGCCAAGUUCCCACUCCUCUUUCUUCUCCCUUAUCAGCCUUUCGAUUGCGAAGAGGUCUGGUCAAGGACAGACUUGUGCAAGCCUGCAUGCGUAUGCGUGAACUAGGCAGAGGCCAGUCUGUCGACUUCUGCGUGCCAGAGGAAAUCCAACGCAAGAGUAACCGGCUCAUGGGCCUCAGGAACUUUACGCAAAAAUUAUGCGUUUCCGAUGUCCUCGCCUGGUCCAUCUCCGAGACAUGGCGCUGCGCCCGGCGCAACACGGCACUCUGGGCGAACCAGCGCAGGCGACAUGAGAGCCACAGCCAGCUGUGGGCACAAGCACGCGGCGACAAAUUGACUGGUGCUGUCAUGCAUGGAAACCAGCCGUCAGACCUAGCCUUCACCGAGGAUCUGGCCGAAGAAUUCCUCGAGGAUGAGGCGCAGCUGCUCGAGACGCGAUUGCUCGAGACGCGAUACCGUCCAGUCUCGCAGACAGAUACUUCUACUGCUUCGGCCAAACUCACCCUGAGCAAGACUCAGCGGCUCAUCUCCCAGCGCUGCCAAGAUCUCGACGCUACCAGCGCAUCCUCCUCCGCUAUCCUCCUGGAAUAG